CUCUGCCUCCCUCCCCAGGACCACUCAGAGAACUCUUAACCUGACGGCCGCACCCCCAUAUUUCCCCCACGUAACGCCUUUCCCCACCCCCCCCACCCCCUUCCCCCACCCAGAGCACACAUGGAUCAGAGGACUCAGGGGGGACCCACCACGCCACCCCCCCUCCCUGCCACAGCUCCCUCGGGUGAGCGCGAGAAGGAGGGAGUAGGUGGGAAAAAGGAAGAAGAGGAGGAGAAGAGAAAGAAGGAACGGGAGGGGGCAAAGUCGGAGCCUGGUGUUGGCACUGAGGGUGCACCAGGUGACCAAUCCCAGCAGCAGCAGCAGCAGCAGCAGCAGUCCCCUCAGUUCUCCGUGAAGGAGGCCACUUACUCAGAGGGCAACGUCAAGAUGAAGAUCGGCCUCCAGGCCAAACGCAUGAAGAAGCCCCCCAAGAUCCUGGAGAACUACGUGUGCCGACCCGCCUUCCGGGCCACUGUACGACACUCUGGAAGAGGAGGGGGAAGGGGCAGCAGGGGAGCAGGGGCGAACGACACAGCCGCCGCUGCUGCCGCUGCCGCCGCCGCCGCCGCCACCGCUGCCGCCACCACCACCACAGCCAACACCACCACGACCGGUGGCCACACGCAGAGCCCGUCGCAUGGGAAAGAGGCGGAGAAGAGUCAGAGCGCCACCACACGACCUGUCCCGCCCCCAGCACAGACCCCACCCCCUCAAACCCCACCCACAUCCACAAGCCCCAUCAAUCCAGUCAAUGGAAGCCCACCAGCGAAGAGGGCUCUCCCGAAACUGGUUAGCAAGUCUGACAGCAAACCCGAGGGGAAGACAGCGGCCUCCAUAGAGAGACCCCUAAAUCUCCACCGCCCGCUGCCAGACACAAAGUUGCACUCCUCUGCCAAGAAAUCUCCCCUAGCCCAGCCGAGCACCCUGCCCACCCCCAGCCCGACUCCUCCAGCACCCCUGGCACCCUCCAAUCACGAGCCCAAGAUGGAGGGGGUCAUGAAGCCUCCCCAGUUUCCGUUCGGAGAGGCUCAGCGGGAGCAGGACCGAGGGGGCGCCCCCGGCUGGGGCUCGUCAACUGUCACAGAGAAGCUAGCGCAGCUCAUCGCCACCUGCCCCCCUACAAAGUGCCCCAAACAGCCCAAAGUUCGUAAGCCUUCCCCCUCGGCCUCGCACAGCAACUCAGUACCCCUCAUCUCCAACCUGCAGAGGCCCGAACGGGCCAUGGCCAACAGAGCCACCUACUCCAGGAUCCAGCACCUGUCCCCUCCCCCACCCGUGUCACGGCCCCCUGGCCGGCCUUACGGCUCCCGCAACAAAGACAGUGUCAUGGACAAGCUGACGUCUGCCCCCCGGAAGGAGGAUGUCGAUGGCGGGGUUAAGGGGAACACCAGCAGCAGUAGCAGCAUCAGCUGUACCUCCACAGCAACCACCACCACCGCCACCAACUCUGCCCUUCCCUAUGGCAACAGUCGCUUAGCAACCACAGCUAAUGACAACGACAACAACAGCAACAGCAGCAACAACUACAUCAAGACUCAGUCACGGCUCACGCACAGUUCACCUCACUCUUCUUCCUCACCUACCCUGUCCUCCGCUUCGUUAUCAGACCAGAGAACAGGAAGUGGGUCUGCACACAUAGGGGCCUCUUCCAUGCUGGGUCCUCGACCGAGGCCCAGUCCCUCCCAGACAGAAGAGAACAGUGAGAAAGAAAGAGAGCGAGAGCGGGACUACAGGGACAGAGAUUGCCCCAGAGACUUGAGCAAAGGGUCGUCCCCCUCUGGGUUGGGGAAGCCUGAGGCGAAAGAGAGAGGGUUGGCCUUGACCGCCAGAGGCGAGCGUGGGAAAAGCUCCAGCCCAGCCAAACACAGCCCGCUCCGGGAGAGUCGGCCUAGCCGGACGGCUAGCCCAGCUGAACCCGGAAUGCGCCGGAACACCUCCCCCUCCGACCCCUCGGGCAGCAGUCCGCCUCCACCUCUCAGUGACUCGGGCCCUGGUUCCCCUGCCUCUCCAGACGAGCAGGACAACAAGCCGCUGAAGAAGCGACGGGGCCGCCGACCACGAUGGACGCGCGUGGUGAACCGCUCCCAAAAGGCUGCACAGGAAGCUGCUCUCGGCCAGGCCAAGCCUGGCAUGCCUAUGUCGGCCCUGGGGCCCAAUCCGCCUCUACGGAGACCCGUUGGACGACCCCCUAACCCCAACAAGGUGACCCCCGCUGUCUCGCAGCUCUUUGGCGCCCCACCAAAAAAGAGGGGGCGCCCCAAGUCCAAGAUGCCCCGCCUGGAUGCUCCAGCCCGAGGGAGACCCCCUCUCAAGUUAGCCACCUCCAAGGUGUUCUCCAUCCUCAAGUCCAAAGAAGAACAGGACCCACCGGUACUGCACCCUGAGGUGGACCUCAACCCCCCCAAGCCAAUGCCGCGAAAGCGAGGACGCCCCAAGCGCCUGCCCCCUACGCUGCCCCAGGAAGGGCAGCCCCCCACGUUAGCGCCUGAGCAAGGCGACUCCACCGACAAAGGCUUCCGCAGCAAGGGCAAUGGGCAGCUCAUCAUGAAGACCAUCAUCGGGAAGAUCAACAAGAUGAAGACGGUGAAGCGCAAGCGACUGCUGAGCCAGAUCCUGCUGGGGUCUGGAGUCGGGGCGGAUGGCGAGAGCAGGGGGCCUGCAACCAGUGCGCCCGCCCCGGUGGCAGCAGCCACGCAGUCUCUGUCAUCCCUGGCUGCCACGUUCGGAGGCAAAUUGGGGCCCCAGAUCAAUGUCAGCAAGAAGGGCACCAUAUACAUGGGCAAGAGGAGGGGUCGCAAGCCCAAAGCAUCGGGUAACCCUCCUGCGGGGGCCCCGACACCCCCUCCGGAACCUUUCCUGUCCCCCAACACGUCUUCCCCACACCACCCGCACCCCUCCCAGUCUCUUCAGGGUCAGCAGCACCACCAGCUUCCCCCAACUGAUGUCUUCCCCUCCCCGUCUCUCUCGCAGUCCAGCGGAGGUCAGAGUCCCAUCAGCGAUGCCAGUUUCGUGGAGCCUGGCUCAGUGCACUGCACCCACUGCAGCCACUCACAUCACGGCCACCACUCCUUCCCCUUCGCGCCGCCGACCUUCUCCGCCCCCUCACCGCGCUCGCUGGGGCCAAUGGGAGGCUCUGGCUCGGCCUCUGCCUCCCAGAAGAAGUCUUGCCGCGGCUACCACCAUCACCACCACCACUACCGGACGCACUACCACUACAGGAAGCUGUCGCCUCCGCGGCCCCUGCUUCCCACCUCCCCUGCUCCUCUCAGUGAGCUGAAGGAGGCCACGCCAUCUCCAGUCAGUGAGUCCCACAGCGAGGAGACGGUACCUAGCGACAGCGGUAUCGGCACCGACAACAACAGCACGUCUGACCGUGGCGAGAAGGCAGGAGGGGCAGGACUUGGUGUGGGCGGAAUGCCCCAGGGCGUUGCCAGUGGCCUUCUCCUGCCAGGGGUCAUGGGGUCGGCUGUGGGCAUAGGGCCGGGACUCAGCCCGCGGGGCAGGAAGAGACACGCCUCUUCCGUACUGAUUGACCGCCCCUCUCCUUCCCCCUCUCCUCUGGGGGCACGGCCAUCCCCCGACCCCCGGCGGGCGCACCCUGCUGCCGGUCCGGCUUCGGCACUGGUCGGGCACAAGGAGAAGCACAAGCACAAGUGCAAGCGACGGGGACACGCGUGUCCGGCCUACGACAAGCUGAAGCGGCAGAAGCGCAAGCGCAAGAAGAAGUACCUGCAGCUGCGCUCGCGUCGCCAGGACCCCGACUUCCUGGCCGAGCUGGACGAGAUCUGUGUGGGUCUGAGCGACAUCCGCAUCUCCCACCGUACGCCCGCCAUGCGCCUUGGCAGCAGCCUGGCACUAGGCGCCAGUGCAGGGGGCACGGGUAGGGGUGCGAACCUGGCGGGCGGCCGCAGCAGCGGCAGCAGCAGUGCCAACCCGCCACCCCACCACUACUUGCACAGAGACCUGCUGCCCACCAUCUUCAGGAUCAACUUCAGCGGGUACUACUCGCCCCACCCAGCCUAUCCCUGCGACUCUCUGCACUAUGUCCGCAAGCCUGACCUCAAGAAAAAGCGAGGCAGGCCACCCAAGCUGCGUGAGUCCAUGUCCGAGAUGCCCUUCGUCCCUGGGCUUGGCUUCCCCCUGUCAAGUGGGGGCUUCUACCACCCCUCUUACAGCGUCCCCUACUCCUCCGGACCCCUGGGGUUGGGCUAUUAUCGUGGUUACCCCCCGGCUAGCGCCCUCUACCCCCACCCUCACCACCAGAACCCCCACUCAGCUCCCUCGCACCACCCGCACCACUCGCCCUCCUUCCCACCCCCACCUCCACCCUCCUACAUGCACCACCACCCCUCGCACCUGCUGCUCAACCCCUCCAAAUUCCACAAGAAGAAACACAAGCUGCUGCGCCAGGAGUACCUAGGCGGGGGGCGCUCCCCGGUCCUCUACCCCCCCAUGGCCCCCGAGCUGUCCUUUGGCUGGCACCACAAACACAAGCACCGGCACAAGCACCGCGAGCGCUGCGCCACCGACGACCAGCUGGAGCACGGCAGCGCCGAGAGGGGAGAGCGCGGGGAAAGGGGUGAGAGAGGAGAGAGAGCAGGAGGAGCAGGAGGUGUAGGAGGAGGAGGAGGAGGAGGAGACGGUGUUGGUCUGGGCAGAGGAGAGAGAGGGGGUGCAGGGGCUAUGGAGGCCCUACAGCACUGUCGGUUUGGGAGAGACGGGUCGGCAGACAGUGCCAGCAAGCAGACGUCUGCAGUGGCCGCGGCUUCGGCUAACUCCCCUUCAUCCUCCUCCUCCUCCUCGGCCGAGCGCUACAAGCGAAAGGAAGCGUCGGCGUCGUGCCUGGGCCCCUCACGCCUGGCCCUUGGCAGCAGAGGCCACGCAUCUGCUGACUCCUGGUUCCGAGUGGGCUCCUCGGAGGCAGACUAUGCCAAACUGUCACACCACUCCGCCUCUGGCCAGCCUGCCUUCGCUGACGGACACUCCGCUGAGCCAAUCGGCUGCUCAGACAGUGAGGAGGACGAGGGCCUCUCCCCGGCGGAGGAAGAGGCAGAGUCGAGCGCACAGCACACCAACCUGUUUGCCUCUGCGCUCACGCGGAGCUCGCUGCGACCGGGCCGUGGCCGGAGGCCUGCCUCCUCGGACGGCAGCAACCUCUCGCGAUUGGACAGAUCCCUCCGGAAGGACCGGUCCACCUCGGCGGAGAGGAGAGAGACAGGAGGGAUGCAGACUCGCGGUGCAAACCCCUCAGACUGCAUGGACUCCGGCCCGUUGUCCCGCCACCACCUCCACCACCAUCACCACCACCACCCGCACCACCACCAGCAGCAGCAGCCCUCGCUCCACCCUUCCCUCUCCCACCCCCACCCCCACUCAUCUUCCUCCAAUCGCUCCGUCGGCCCGCCGACCGCCUCAAGCUGCUACCCCACCACCGCCGGCGCCUCCUCCCCACCUCGUCACACCUCCUCCUCCGCCCAGCGCGGAGCACCACCCCCUACACCGCCACCCCCGCCCAAAAACAACCUGCACCACGUCAACAAGAUCCUGCGUGCCAAGAAGCUGCAGCGGCAAGCGCGCACCGGAAACAACAUGGUGAAGAAGCGUGGGCCCGGGCGCCCCCGGAAGUACCCGCUACCCUCACCGCCCCCCUCGCCCCCCCAGGCCCCUGGCCCAGACUUGGCCAGGCAGCGGGAGUGGGAGAGGGGGUGCUGGGAGGGGGACACGGUGUCGGACGCCAUCGAGUCAGUGGUGCAGGGACAGAAACGGAGGGGUCGCAAGAGAAAGCGCUGGGAAGGAGAGAGGGACGAGGAAGAUGAGGAGGGGGAAGACGAAGAGGAAGCAUCGGCAGGACUAGCCCGGCAGGAGAGAUGCGGAGAGGAGGAGGAGGAGGAGGAGGAAGGGGAGGAGGAAGAGGAAGAAGAAGAGCGCAUGGCAGGAAGGGAGGAAGAGGCAGGGGCCAGGCAACGAGCAGGAGGAGAAAAAGGCUGGCUCACCCAGGAAGAGAUGCACUGUUUUCGCAGCGCACUGGAGAGGAAACCUGAAGGCCAGGCCUCUGCGGAAGGCCCCGCCCCCGCACCUGUCCCUGCCCCUGCCCCCGCCCCUGCCCCCGCCCCGGUAGAACAGGCCCCACCCACUGCCGCCGUGCCCACUCCACGGGAGAAGAGAGCCUCCAGACCACCCAAGAAGAAGUUCCAGAAGGCGGGGCUUUAUUCUGAUGUGUACAAAACUGAAGAUCCACGCAGUCAGCUACUGCAGCUGAAGAAGGAGAAGCUGGAGUACAUUCCAGGAGAACAUGAAUAUGGCCUUUUCCCUGCGCCUAUCCACGUCGGGAAGUACCUGAGACUUAAGCGCAUUGACUUCCAGUUGCCUUACGACAUCCUGUGGCUGUGGAAACACGAUCAGCUUUAUAAGCGACCUGAUGUCCCACUCUACAAGAAGAUCAGAUCCAAUGUGUACGUGGACGUGAAGCCUGUGUCGGGGUACGAGAACACCACCUGUAACUGCCGCGCCCCCUUAGACAGCGCUGAGAAGGGCUGCCAGGACGACUGCCUGAACAGGAUGAUCUUCGCGGAGUGUUCCCCGGGCACAUGCCCGUGCAGGGACAAGUGUGACAACCAGCACAUCCAGCGGCACGACUGGGUGCAGUGCCUAGAGCGGUUCCGCGCCGAAGGCAAGGGCUGGGGCAUCCGCACCAAAGAGACGCUGAGCGCCGGACAGUUCAUCAUCGAGUACCUGGGCGAGGUGGUCAGUGAGCACGAGUUCAGGAACCGUAUGAUGGAGCAGUACUUUGCCCACAGUGGCCAAUACUGCCUUAACCUGGACAGUGGCAUGGUGAUCGACAGCUACCGCAUGGGCAACGAGGCCCGCUUCAUCAACCAUAGCUGCGAGCCUAACUGUGAGAUGCAGAAGUGGUCGGUGAAUGGUGUGUACCGGAUUGGACUAUUUGCACUUAAUGACAUGCCCAGUGGCACUGAGCUCACUUACGAUUACAACUUCCACUCCUUCAACAUGGAGGACCAGCAAACGUGUAUGUGUGGCUCGGAGGCGUGCCGUGGCAUCAUCGGUGGGAAGAGCCAGCGAAUCAACGGCCUCCCUCCCAAGGCCGGUGGGUCAGGAGCCGGAGCUCGGAGGCUGGGGAGGUUGAAGGAGAAGCGCAAGUCAAAACACCAACUCAAGAAACGGGAGGAGGAGUCGAGUGACAGCAGCAAAUUUUAUCCCCACCUACUCAUGAAGCCCAUGUCCAACAGAGAGAGAAAUUUUGUGCUGAAGCACCGUGUCUUCCUGUUGCGGAACUGGGAGCGAAUGCGUGAGAAGCAGGAGAUGCUGAAGAGAGAGGGAGAGCGGGAGCGAGAGAGGGAGAACAGCAGCCUGUCUGUAUACUCACGCUGGGGCAGUGUCAUCCGCGACGAUGGCAACAUCAAGUCAGAUGUGUUCCUGACGCAGUUCUCGGCGCUGCAAACCUCCCGCUCGGUACGGACGCGCAGGCUGGCUGCAGCCGAGGAGAACACAGAAGUCACUCGCACCGCCCGGCUGGCUCACAUCUUCAAGGAGAUCUGUGACAUGAUCACCAGCUACAAGGACUCUGAAGGACAAACACUAGCUGCUCCUCUACUAAACCUACCCUCAAGGAAAAGGAACACGCAGUACUACGAGAAGGUGUCUGACCCGCUUGACUUGACCACCAUAGAGAAGCAGAUCCUGACGGGCCAUUACAAAACUGUGGAGGCCUUCGAUACGGACAUGCUCAAGGUGUUCCGCAACGCAGAGAAGUAUUAUGGGCGUAAGUCUGCGGUGGGCCGUGACGUGUGCCGGCUCAGGAAGGCGUACUACGGUGCGCGGCACGAGGCGGCCGUCCAGAUCGACGAGAUCGUGGGGGAGACCGCCAGCGAGGCCGACAGCUCAGAUUCGCUGGAGCGGGACCACACCCACCACCACCAUCACCAUGGCAGCGGUGGCCACGACAAGGACGACGACAUCAUCCGCUGCAUCUGCGGCAUGUACAAGGACGAGGGCCUGAUGAUCCAGUGUGAGAAGUGCAUGGUGUGGCAGCACUGUGACUGCAUGCGUCUGGAGGCUGAGGUAGAGCACUACCUGUGUGAGCAGUGUGACUCCCGCCCUGUGGACCGGGAGGUGCCCAUGGUGCCCCAGCCCAGCUACGCACAGGCCGGCUCCAUCUACUACAUCUGCCUACUCAGAGACGAGCUGCUGCUACACCAGGGGGACUGUGUGUACUUGAUGAGGGACAGCAAGCGGACGCCAGAGGGCCAGCCAGUGCGUCAGUCCUACCGGCUCCUCUCUCACAUCAACAGAGAGAAGCUGGACAUCUUCCGCAUCGAGAAGCUCUGGAAGAAUGAGAAAGGGGAGCGGUUUGCCUUCGGACAUCAUUACUUCCGGCCGCAUGAGACGCACCACUCGCCCUCGCGACGCUUCUACCAGAACGAGCUCUUCAGGGUCCCGCUGUACGAGAUCAUCCCUCUGGAGGCUGUGGUGGGCACCUGCUGUGUGCUCGACCUCUACACCUUCUGCAAAGGGCGGCCCAAGGGAGUAAAAGAGCAGGACGUGUACAUCUGCGACUACCGACUGGACAAGUCCGCUCACCUCUUCUACAAGAUCCACCGUAACCGCUACCCAGUGUGCACCAAGCCCUACGCCUUUAACCACUUUCCCAAGAGGCUGGCACCCAAGAGGGACUUCUCUCCCCACUAUGUCCCAGACAACUACAAGCGGAACGGCGGCCGCUCUGCCUGGAAAAGCGAGCGGCCGAAAGGGGCAGCGCCCUGCGAGGAAGAGGAUCGGGGCUCUGCCCCUUUCCCUCGUGACGCAGAGGAGGUGGGGGCCCGAGGAGGAGGGGGCGCAGCAUCAGGGCUGGAGCAGGAGCCAGACGCCCCCCAGGAUGAAACCAGCGCCCUGGGGAGACUCCAGCCCGGCCCACAGCAACAACCAGCCGGAGACGGUGAUGAGGAGGAGGACGAGCCUGAAGAAGAGGUGGAGGAGAUGGAUGAACGGAGGGAGACGGGCGAGGGUUCAGGGGAGAGAGGAGGAGCGGGAGGAGGAGGUGGGGGUGCAGGUGCAGAGGCGUCUGAGGUCGUUCCCUCCUCCUUGUCGCUCUCGUCGUCGCCCCUCCACCACUCAGCGCCUCUGAGCCGGCGAGAGGCGCAGCGAGACCGACUCAACAAGAUCCUGCUGGAGCUGCUGCACAGAACCCCCAGCAAACAGGUGAUUGACGUGACCUACCUGCUGGAGGAGGGCUCUGGGAGGAAGCUGCGCAGACGUACGCUGGGAUUGGGUGACCUAGUGGGCAGGAAGUGAUAUCAUUAUCAACCCUGAUGCCUGGCAAGCACGUUUUCCUCUCUGUGGCCGGGUGAAAGAGAAAAGGGAAGAGGAGAAGACAGGAGCAAGGGUGGAGAGAGAGAAAUAGAUGAAAGGAGAGGUUUCUCUCUCUAUCUGCAGGACACCGCCGCCUACACGAUCCCCAUUAGAGGAUUCAUAGGAAGUGACCGUUUCUCAGGGCGACAUGCGGACGUUUCCAUGGCGCCCAGGCCCUGACACAUUCAAACCCAUGACGAUGCAAUGAGUGUCAAAACAAAAACAUAGGAACCUGUAAUUUUUGUGGCGCUUUACAGAGAACUCUACGGCGCAAACAAAACAAAGCAAAACAAAAAACGAAAAAGCCUUGAACUGAAUAACAGACUUAUAACUCCCAGAGGGACUCAGACCUUAAAGCGGAAUAAAAUGAAAGAGGAGCGAGUGAGUGAGUGAGGAGCAGACCUGGGACUCGUGCCUUCCCUGGUCUCUCCUCAGGGAUCGUGCUCGGGGAAGGAGGAGGAGGAGAUGGGGAGGCAGAGAGGCUCCCAGUGCCAGGUACUGAACUUAGCGAUGCAAAGCAACAGCAGAAUCGGGACAGCGCCGUCCCCUAGUGGCCGAGGCUGGCAAAGACAAGCGUUUUGAUCCCAAAUGGGUUGAGCAGCCAGAUGAGGGGAAGGGGGUGGGGGGGUGGGGGUGAGGAGUAAGCAUAGGAAGGGCAGUGUAGCACGCUUACACACUGCCAGGAUAAAAGGAGGGGAGGAGGAGAGAGGCAAGGAAAUUAGGAGGAGCUUUGGCUAAACUGCACUUUUGACACCAUGGACAGCGGAGGCUCCCAGAAUGCAGCGCACACACACUAACACACAGUAUUGGAAGAUGCUGUCUUGCAGAAGAUACAAAUAACAACAAAAAAACAACAAAAAAAAACAAAAAACAAAACAGAUGAAUUACUAAAUAUAUUCUCUUUUUUGUUUUCUUUUUCCUGUUUUACUGUAAUACUUUAGGAAGCAUUGGAGAGGGGCGGGGUUUCUGUCAGCAGAGCUUUUUGUGAUUAGUCUGUGCGGUAACUAGUCCCGCCCUGUUUGAAGUCGUCAAACUUCACCAGCGAAUAAAAUGAGAGAAGGAACAGAUUGGUUAUCAGGCACGGGAGGGAGCUGGUCUGAGUAUCGCCUUAGAAUGCCAUGGUCCUGACUGGUGUGUGUGUGUAUGUGUGUGUGUGUGUGUGUGUGUGUGUGUGUGCGUGUGUGUGUGUGUGUGUGUACAUGUGUGUGAGUGUGUGUGGUAACCACCAGAAUUCUUAAAAACUGAAAAGAAAAAAAAAACUAAGGGCUUGACAGCAAUGAUAAAAAAUAUUGAUGAAUUAAUUAUGAUUAAUAGUAAAACAGUAGAAAUGGGAUAUGAUGGAGGCCGAGAAAACAGUGUAUCUUGUGAUGUCAGAUUUUCUGUGGGGAGGGGGGGUCUCUUGGUUCCUUUUUAAAUUUCUUUCCUGGUGUUUUUCUGGUUGCCAUGGAGAAUGUUAAUAACAGAUUGUGAUGAGAUUUCCUUUUCUCCGCACCUGUGCUGUGUGUUUGUCCCUCUUUGGGAGGUGGAAAAACAGGAGAAGAGAGGGAGACAGGAAAGGCUAAAUAAAAAAUUAAAUAAAAAAAACUGACAGAGGACAGAGCGUUGUAUAGUGCCAAGCUAUGUAUAUAUACUGACUGGGAAAAUGUGAGAGGAGUCUCCUAAAGCAAUAUCUUGAUAAUGGAUUUUGUGUAUUGUACAGGAAUCAACCUUAUAUGUAUUAUUAUUAAUUAUUAUUAUUAUUAUUAUUAAUAUUAAUUAUUAUUAUGCCAUUUGUAUUUCUAUACUCGUCACAUGUAAGCUUGGGGCAGGCAGGAAGGUACCCAGUGGUUGAGCAACCAGAAAGACAUGAAACCCGUUGCCUAAAACCCCAAAUUCGAUGUAACAUGCAUGAGCGAAAGGAUUGUCAGAUCAACCUCCCAAAAGGCAUUGGGGCAUUACAGUGACCCUGACACGCCAUCUGUCACUGUAGCUAUCGAUAUCGACAUUAUUAUUAAUUAUUACUUUUCCGAGGAGAGUGAACAAAAGUGGCUCCUCGUUUUUUUGCUGCAAAGUGUUGAACACUAAAAAAACAAACCCGUGAUAUUUCUGAACGUGACAGGACCCAGAGGCGAUACUGUCAGCAGCAGAUAUCAUGUUCUUAAUUUCCUUUUCUUUUGAUUUUUUUUUUUUUUUUUUUUAAAUGGAAAAAAAUGGUUCCGUUUUUGUGAUAGCGGUCAUUAACUAUGAUGCUUGUAUUUCUUGUAUUUGUGUGUUUUUGUGUGAUUGGUUUAGUUAUUUUUAGACAAUCACAAAAUAAGAUGCAAGCAUUGUAUAAGGGCAGACUGGCAGACAUUUUGUGAUGUUGUGUACAGUUUGUCAAAACUUCUUCCACUCUGGUUCAAAGUUUGUAAUUAUGAUUCUAAAGUCAUAAAAUGCUGUUGGUUUUUACUUUUGGUUUUAUAUUCUAUUUGUUUUGUUUGUUUGUUUGUUUUUUAAUAAAAAAGCACUACAUUAUUGUGAAUAUACCUUCUUGUUGCUCAUGAAUUUUACCAGAGAAGCAUCAGACAUCUACUCAGAUUCAUCUCUUGAGAAAUGCAUUACAGCAUAAUUUAAGUGUAUUGCUAGAUAUGCAGUAAGUUCUUUUUAAAAUAAAAUGCAUUUUAAUAAAAA